AUACGGACCCGCAUACAUGAUCCGCAUCGGCGUUCAUCCGGCCCUGGUGGUGAAUUCAAGAGAGGUGGCCAAGGAGAUAUUCACCACCAAUGAUAUGGUUGUUUCCUCUCGUUCCAAAUUCGCCGCCGCCGAACACCUCGGUUACGACUAUGCCAUGUUCGGGUUCUCUCCCUACGGACAAUACUGGCGUGAGAUGCGCAAGAUCACGAUGUUGGAGGUGCUGUCCAACCACAGGAUCGAUCAGCUCAAGAAAGUUUUCGUGUCGGAGAUACAGGGAUCACUGAAACAGCUGUACAAGACUUGGGGUGAGAAGAAAGAUGGCUCCGGGAAAGUUUUGGUGGAGAUGGAGAAACAUUUCGCCGACUUGACGUUGAACGUCAUUCUCCGGACGGUUGCCGGGAAGAGGUAUAACGUUGCUGCGCAGGAAGACCAGCGAGUGGUGUCGAGAUACCGUAAGGCUUUGCGGGAUUUCUUUCACCUGUCGGGGAUUUUUGUGUUGGGAGACGCUGUCCCUUUUCUCCGACGUAUGGAUUUGGGCGGCUACGAGAAGUGGAUGAAGAAAACCGCCAGAGAGUUGGAUGAAAUCGCCGAUGGAUGGCUCGAUGACCACCGGAAAGGCGGACGUUGGGAUGAGAACAAAAAGGAGAAGGAUUUCAUGGAUGUUAUGAACUCUGUUCUUAAAGGUGCUAGCCUUGCUGGAUAUGAUGCCGAUACCAUCAACAAAGCCACUUCCUUGAAUAUGAUUUUAGCAGGCAGCGACACCACAACUGUUACCUUGAUAUGGGGGCUUUCGCUUAUGCUAAACAAACCUCACACACUCAAAAAGGCACAAGAAGAACUAGACGCCCAUGUUGGCAGGGACAGGCUUGUGGAUGAAACAGACAUCGGCAAAUUGGUGUACAUUCAAGCCAUUGUUAAAGAGACAUUAAGGAUGUAUCCACCCGCACCCCUUUCGGCACCUCGUGAGCUCAGCGAAAGCUGCACGAUCGGGGGCUACGAAAUCCCGCAAGGCACUCGUCUGAUUGUGAACCUCCAUCGGAUCCAAAGGGACCCAAACGUAUGGCCGGAACCAUCGGAAUUUAUGCCGGAGAGGUUUCUCACUACCCACAAGGAUGUGGAUGUUAGGGGGCAGCAUUUCGAGCUGAUGCCUUUCGGUAGUGGUCGGAGAAGCUGCCCGGGAACAUCGUUCGCACUCCACAUGCUGUACUUGACGAUGUCGAAUUUCUUACACGCCUUUGAUUUCUCGACGAUGAAUAAUGGCCUGAUCGACUUGAGUGGUACUAUUGGGUUGACCAACAUUAAAUCUACCCCGCUUGAAGCACUCGUCGCACCUCGCCUUGCUCCCGAGCUUUAUAACUAAAAUCCAGUGAAGCUUACAAGAAAAAAAGAAGUGUGAAGACAU